AUGGCCCCCAUGCAUUCUCGAAUCCAGGAGGCCUCGAAGGAGGAACUCGUCAUGGUCCUCAAGGCCGUCUGCAGCUUCGCCGGCACCCACUACCACGUCAAGAGCGUCCUCGACUACCUCGACGAGAAGAAGCAGUCGGACGCCGCGGCCGCCGCCAGCCGUCGCCGUCGCCAGUCUACCCGCGCCUCCUUGUCUAUGAAGAGCUGGGCUCAGCCGCUCCCCAAGGUUGUGAAGCGCAACAUCAAGAUGUGCUCCAACUGCGAGUUGCCCUUCACCGAGAACGAGAACACUGAUGAGUCUUGCCGCCAUCACCCUGGCAAGUGGCUUCUCGAGUGCGAGAAGGGCGACAAGAUCGAGUUCGUGGAUCUUGACAAGGCCGGCGAGGAGUUCACUUCCAACGAGCAGGCCCUGCGCAUCCUCGACUGCUGCAACAGCGAGCGUGGCGUCAGCAAGGGUUGCAUCGCGGGCAAGCACGUCGCCAUGGUCGCGGAUGUCGACACCAGCGAGAUCUCUGUCUCAUCCAACAACGGCCCGGCCGACAACUAAGGGCAAACCCGGCAACACGAUAACGAGACAUGAUUAUGAUACCACAAGAACCAAUCGAGGGCAUUUCUUUUUAGGGUUAUAGGUCUGCUUGAUUAUACAGAGUCGUCGGUACCCGAGUAAGGUACAGCAGAGUUGCGCUAGGAAUUGUUACGAGGCAUACGAAUAGGUCACGGCAGGUUUUCGCUAGGUGGCAGAGGACUAUCAGUAGGAAUGGACGGAGGCCUAGUUCAUUUGCUUCGGUUCAUAGAAUCAACUUAGCAAAAGCACAACGCUUCUUCA